AUGGGUUUCUUGAAUCUCCUCGUAAGGGCGGAGAGCGCCGAAGGUGCAGCCGAGCGCGGCUUUCUCGAGUACCAUGAGCCUACUGAUUGGCUCGCUGGAGUCAUCGUCAGGGCUGGACUGAUCGGACAGAUUGUUGUGGGUCUGAUCUAUGGUGCCCCUAUUGGGAACAUCCUGCCGAUCGAGUGGCAGGAAACGUUCGUUGCUCUUGGUUAUCUAGGACUCAUCCUCAUCGUAUUUGAAGGUGGCCUCGCCGUACGCCUGGAUUUGCUGAAGAAAAACUUCAUCCUCAGUGUAUGUGCCGCUUGCAUCGGCAUACUAACGCCUAUCGCGUUUUGCUAUCUUCUGCUCUAUCUCGGCUUCGGCUUCAGGCCCAUUGAGACAUUCAUCAUUGGGGCUGCGCUCUCGGCAACCUCUCUCGGCACGACGUUUGUCGUAAUGAGCCCGGCAAACACCGGCCUUGACUUUAUCCAAACUACUGUGGGCAAUGUACUUCUAAGUGCCGCCUUAUUGGACGAUAUUUCUGCUCUUGUCAUGGUUAGCGUAGUCCACAAACUCGGUGCCCUCUCCGGCUCCCAAUCUCCCAACGUCGGCUGGAUCAUCGGCCGCCCCAUCGUAGCGAGCUUCGCCAUGGCCGUCUGCACGCCGCUGUUCUGCAAGUACUUGUUCAGUCCCAUCUUCAGGCGGUACUUGGAGCCAAGGCUCGUCAAGUUUAAGCAUGUGCCUAACAUCAUCCUCAUGACACUUGUGCUUUGCGCGUUUAUCGCCAUUUCGAGCUUCGCCGGCGCGUCUGUGCUUUACGGGUCGUUCCUGGCCGGGGCGUUUCUUAGCGCCCUGCCGAGCACGCAUCCUGCUGGGCCUUACAUCGUCGAGAGCAAAGAGGAAGGUGAGGAGAAGGACGGAAAGAUGCCAACAUUUGCGCACUCAUUCGAAGAGUACAUUGCCGGUGCGCAAACAUAUAUUCUGCAGCCUCUCUUUUUUGCUAGUAUCGGGUUCGCCGUCCCAUUCUCGGCCUUGUGGACUGGCAAGGCUAUCUGGAGGGGGAUUGUUACAACUCUACUGAUGGUGGUUGGCAAGGCCGCUGUUGGGAUUGUCGUCCCGAUCACGGAUGCCUUGACCCGUAAAAAGGGAGAGGCAACAAAAAGUGGCAUUUUGAAGCGGACCUGGAAACCCGCAACAUUCCUAGGCAUGGCCAUGGUGGCCCGUGGAGAAAUUGGUCUACUCAUUAUCCAAGUUGGACUCAACGAGACAUCGUACCUCUCACAAAACGCUUUCAUCACGGGAGCUUGGGCUAUAAUUUUGAACACCAUAAUCGGACCCGUCUGCGUUGGGUUGCUCCUGCGGAAGCAUAAGAUGGUUGUGUACGAGGACGAGAAGUGGGGUGCUCAAGAAAAGGAGAUGUCUGGCCUGGGUGCGGAAGUUGGCGGUAAGGAGAGGCCGUUGGGGGCUUGGGCAGAUAGAAGUAUUCCGGCAAAGAGACUUGGAGAUGAGAACAAGGCUGGGGCAGCCCAAGUUCAGGCCCAAGUUCCUGUUUCUGAGGUGGGAUCUGCGAUGGAGCUCUGA